CCGCGCGCAUCUCCAGGAGGCGCUCCACUUCAGGGGGAGGAGGAAGAUGGGGAAAUGGCAGUGGCAGAUCACAUGCAAGGAUGAAGAAAUCCGACAAAAUCUUCUUUUAUGACACAGACCCGGGGUUCAUGCACCAGUAGGAACUAUUUUAAGAACAAAAGAUUGCUCCAUUUGAUGCAAAAUAAAAAACCAUGGAUGCAUCUUCAGCCUCCCUCCAGUAUGGAUCAAAGAAGCGGGUUAAGAUUCACCCCAACACGGUAACAGUGAAAUAUGCCACUCAUUUCCCCCAGCCUGGCGACGAAGGGUACGACGAUGCGCCUUCCUUCGAGGACUUUGGCGCCUUUGCAGAAGCAAACGUGGGAAAGAGACUGGUGUCAGACAGCAAAGGGGGCAGGACUUUCUUUGGGACCAUGGAAACACAGCCGAAGCAGCCAAGUGUGCAAAGAGACAAGGGGGUCGGGGGCCAGCUGGCCAGCUUUGGCGAGGCGAAUGUGUUGGCCUCCAGGGUGACCUGGAUGGCCCUGUUCGGAGCAGCAGUGGCUCAUGGUUGCGUGGCGCUGAUUACCCGUCUAGCAGCCGACCGCUCUAAAGUCCCCUCUCUCGAGCUGCUCUUCAUCCGCUCGGUGAUCCAAGUGCUGUCCAUCCUGGUGGUCUUCUACUACCACGAGGCCCCCUUCGGUCCCAAGGGCUAUCGACUUCGUCUCUUCUUCUAUGGCAUCUGCAACGUAAUCUCCAUCACUUGCGCCUACACGUCCUUCGCCAUAGUACCACCCAGCAACGGCACCAUCAUGUGGCGCGCCUCCACCACGGUCUUCAGCGCGAUACUGGCCUUCCUGCUGCUGGACGAGAGGCUGGGCUACACCGACGUGGUGACGGUGGUGGGAAGCGUGUUCGGGCUGUGCCUGGUCAUGGUGCCCAACGUAGCAGACGAGGAGAAGUCCAGGCUGGGGUUUUGGAAAGAGGCCUUCGGCUACACAAUGACAGUGAUGGCCGGCCUGACGGCCGCCCUCUCCAUGAUCGUCUACAGAGCCAUCAAGGAGCGCGUCAGCAUGUGGACCGCGCUGUUUACCUUCGGCUGGACGGGGACGGUGUGGGGAGCGUCCACCAUGUUCAUCAUGCAGGAGCCUAUCAUUCCCCUGGACGGGGAGACCUGGGGUUAUUUAAUCGGGAUCUGUAUCUGCUCCACGGUGGCGUUCCUCGGAGUCUACUAUGCCCUAAACAGGUUUCAUCCAGCCUUAGUCAGCACCGUGCAGCACCUCGAGAUCGUGGUCGCCAUGUUUCUCCAGCUCAUCGUUCUGAGGAUGAUCCCGUCCGUUUAUGAUGUCAUUGGCGGCCUGGUCAUCAUGGUCAGCGUGUUCACGCUGACCGGAGUCAAGCUGUACAGAGUGAGCCGGGCCAUUCGGCAGGAUUACCAAGAGAUCCUCGACUCGCCCAUCAAAUGAACGGAGACUUGUCGAGUCUGUUUGUUUACAUUGUUGCUUGGUUGUGCAAUUUAAAGAAUGUCUGGAUAUUCAUCAGAUAAUUUUUGUAUUGUUGUGUUGUCAAAAGAGUGCCAGUUGUGUAAUUACCGUCUUAAUAUUUGUGUGUGAAAUAAAAGAAAAAUGUAUUAUGGUGACCGUCCCCCGAAACAGCACUGCGUUCAUGUCAGAUUAUGUGGCAGAGCAAAAUGUCAGCAAGACAUUUUUUUGAAAAAAAAAGAUGGAUUGAAUUUGUGUGAUCCAACAUUGAAAAUGGUUUCUGACCAUACU